UGAAAUAUGUAACGGCGUAAAAUUUCUACUUUUUGCCAAAGUCCAGCGAACAGUAAAGAUCUGCGAAGUUUUGUUCUGUUUGUUUCACAAAUAAAGUUUUGUUGUUUGAUAUUUAUUUGUAUGCAAGACACAUCGUAAGUAUACAUAGAUAUACGCAUAUACAUAUACUUGUUGGAUACGGUACUGGUUGGCCGUUGGCAAGGUCUUCGGGCGCUUCGAGGACGUAAUCAAAAUAGCACCGUCGCCGAAGUAAAACACAAUAACAAGUCGAGAGAGAUGGCUGCGCGCUCGAUCUUGAAGUAUUUGAAACCGAAGUCCGUUGUGCUCCAGAGUCAUCGUUGCGCUUCUCAGUCAAGUUUCGACAUCCAGCACAAAACUCCCACCAUUAAGAAGGUGAUGCCCAUACCAAAGGCCCAUUACGGUGGAAGACACACAGUCACUCUUCUACCCGGUGCUGGUAUCGGGCCAGAGUUGAUGGGUUAUGUUAAGGAGGUGUUCAAGUUUGCUGGAGUGCCGGUAGACUUUGAGGAUGUGGAAAUUGAUCCUAAUGCGGAUGACAACAUUGACUUGGAUUACGCGAUCACAUCAAUACGUAGAAACGGAGUGGCGUUGAAAGGAAACAUAGAAACUCGCAGCACAGAGGCGGGUGUUAUGUCACGAAACGUCGCUCUGAGAAACGAACUGGAUCUGUAUGUGAAUGUUCUGCACUGUGUGUCUUAUCCAGGAGUGACCUGCCGUCAGAAGAACAUUGACAUUGUAAUCGUGAGACAGAACACCGAAGGCGAGUAUUCUAUGUUGGAACACGAGAGCGUCAAUGGUGUUAUUGAGAGCAUGAAGGUCAUUACCAGUUCCAACUCGGAACGCGUGGCUCGCUUCGCGUUUGAAUACGCGAAGAGAAACGGUCGAAAGAAGGUCACGACGGUUCACAAGGCGAACAUUAUGAAACUGUCCGAUGGACUGUUUCUGGAAACCUCGCGGCAAGUCGCAAAGGAUUAUCCGGACAUUGUUCACAACGACAUGAUUAUCGACAACACCUGCAUGCAACUUGUGUCGAAUCCGCAUCAGUUUGACAUUGUGCUGACCACCAAUCUAUACGGCGCCAUUGUGUCGAACGUGGUGUGCGGACUGCUGGGUGGCGCCGGUCUUCUAGCCGGCAAGAACUACGGCGAUCAUUACACGAUCUUUGAGCCUGGUACUCGCAACACCGGCACCUCCAUCGCCGGCAAGAACAUCGCGAAUCCUAUUGCGAUGCUGAACGCGGCGGUGGAUAUGCUGCGUCAUCUCGGCCACAAGCAUCACGCCGCCAUCAUUCAAACCGCGAUCAACAAAACCCUCAAUCAGGGUGUGCACACUGCCGAUCUCGGUGGCACCGCGACGAGCAGAGAUGUGAUAGACAACAUCCUAAAAAACAUCAAAAUCGCGACCGCUUGAAAAAAAAAAGACUGAAGAUUUUUAUUUUAGCCAAAGUUGCUUGUAGCUGUGGUUCUCAAAGAGCGACGAAUCUUAGAUAAAUAAUAUAUGCGAGAUACCGCGAGAAUCUCUUGUGUGUGAUUUCUAGUAAGAUAUUAUAAUUGUAAUUAUAAUGAAAAAAAAAAAAAAAACGCUACGCUACGCUACACCGUUUCAAUUAAAACGAUAAGGCGCGAUGAUGAGAAAUGUGUGCGGAUUUGAAAAUGAAAAAUUUUUCAAACCAAACUGAUUACGGAAACAUAUUUGAAUAUUUUGAUCUAACUUUCUUAAUCAUAGUCUAAAUUUCCUUCGUAAGAUUCUAGCAAUCUUAAUCGAAAUUUUAUAAAAUAUAUACAAGUGUACAAAAAAAAUAUUACAGAUUUUAUUGUUAGUAGAGAGCAGUUCCUGUAUGAGCAAUUUCACCAAAUAUAAUUCUCAGAGAUCAAGCAGCGAAAUGAACUAUGCCGCAUCUUUAUUUUGUAACUUAUAACAAUUUCGAAAUGGUUACACGACAAAAAAAAAGUGUUACGAGUUACAAAAUAGGAGAAUGUUCGCUCCAAUGGUAGAAAACUUUGUUGAACGCGAGAGAGUGAAAGAACGUUAAAAAAAAAACAAAUUUCUCCACAUUGGAGUGAACACUUCGGUGUAUAGAACAUUUCAGUGAUAAGCAGUGAGAAUAUAAUUCGUAAGAAAUGCGAGAUGUUAUCCCGACAUAAAUAUUUAGAAAUGCGAGAUGUGUUAUAUACCGACAUAAAUAUUUUACAAAAGUCAUAAAUUUAUUAUAAACCGAAACAAAUAUCCGUUUACGUACACGUACCGUAUGUAUUAACAAUUUCAACUAGUUCAAUUGAAAUUCUUACAACAAUGUAACAUUACACUUUAUUCUUAUAAGGUAAUUGUUAUGUUGUGAAAUGUACAUAUUGCGUAAAAUUUACGCUGCUCGUUCAUAAAUAAAAAAAAAAUACAAAUUU